AUGAGGUUAAUUAAGUGUGACAUCAUCAAUAAAAACGAACAGAAUCAAACUUACUCAUGCACCUAUGUACCCAGCCAAGAAGGCGAAUAUCGAGUCAUCAUUAAAUUCGCUACCAAAGAGAUACUCAACUCACCUUUUAAGGUGAUGGUGGAAGGAGCGGCCGGUGACGCCAGCAAAGCCAGUGCCUCGGGGCCAGGUCUUGAGCCACAGGGCAAUCAGGUCGGCCGAAGGACCUUCUUCAACAUUUUUACAGCAGGCGCUGGGUCAGGAAAUGUGGACUGUGUAAUCCUGGAUCCUCAAGGCCGGCCCAAUGCACUCAAGCCGUUAAUCACUCGCCAGGGAGAGGACAACUAUUUGGUUGAGUACACACCGAAGGAGGAGGGUCUGCACUCCGUCAACGUCUUCUUCUCAGGACAGCAGAUACCCAACUCUCCGUUUGGAGUGAUGGUCGGACCAAGUAAGUGUGACUUGUGA